AUGGGCGACGAACACGAGAAGAAUGAGAUGAUGACUACCGACCUUGUGCUUGACUGGAUUGUCGAGUAUGCGGUGGCCUACGGACUCGACGUCCUUGUCCAAGCCGUGCUACCGGCUGGAGGCGAGCCGGAGCUUGCGGCGAGGGUCACGCCCAAGACCCGCAGCAUGCUGCAAGUGCACAUUCUGGACAAGAUGGUGCGGUCGGGCGAGUGGGCGUCUGCGCUGGAGAUGUUUGACAAGGUUGUGCCCGACGAUUGGGACCGGAGCAGCGAGUCGGCCUACGCCGCCUUUCAUCUGGAGCUCCGCCUCCAGGCCGUGCUUGCUCCGCUCCGCUCGCCGCGGUGGUCGCCAAAGAAGGCCAAGGCUACGCUUCGCCAGGUCCUCGAUGAAAAGGUAGAUGAUGCGCUGCGCACGCAGCUGUACGAGCUGAUGAGGCUCGGAUCGAACGCGCCCGAGAUGAUCGCCUUUCUCGACAACGAGCACCCGGUCGAGGCUGUCCUCAACGGGCUGGCCGACUUCUUCAUGCCGAUGAUCAGCGAUCGCACCCCGCGGCCGUUCCUGGAGCGCAUUGCUGCCGAAGUGGUCGAGGGCUCGGUGAGCCUCGACGACGCCGCGGCCAUGGCGUCGGCGGCGCUGGGUGCGCGGACCGAGGCCGGGUCGUCAUCCCAGGCCAAGACGCCCAAGGGCAAGGAGGAGAAGGGCAAGGUAGACAAAGGAAAGACGGCCAAGGGCAAGGCGGGCAAGGGAAAGACGCCCAAGGGCAAGGAGGAGAAGGGCAAGACGGCCAAGGGCAAGACGCCGAAGAACAAGACGUCCAAGGGUAAGACGUCCAAGGGCAAGAGCGGCACCACGGGUAAGAAGGCAGUGGCGAGCAAGGUGGCCGACGACGACCUGGUGAUUUCGAUGGCGGAGCUCGAAGAGCUUGCCGGCGGCGAGUCCGAGCUGGUGAAGCUGAUUGAGGCCGAGGAGCGUGGGCUGGUGCUCACGCCACGGCGGACGGUCGCGGCAGAGAUGUCUUCCGACUCGGACUCGAGCUCGAGCUGGGGCGCGCGGAGUUCGUACGAGAGCAGCUCGUACGACGACGACGACGACGACGAGGCGACGCAGGCACCGACGCGGGGCUUGCGGAGCAGCGCGCACAAGAAGACCCAGGCAGCGAUUUCGCAGCUUGGCAAGGCGUCGGCGGCGUUGCUGUCCAAGGUCGACGACCCGCUCGAUGCCAUUCUGGCCAAGAGCAGCGAAGCUUCGCCGGCGCAGGCGACGCGCAAGCGCCGACGCAGCGGCGCCAAGGCGACGGCUGUGGCCAACAUGUUCAGCUCAUCCGACUCUGACUCGAGCAGUGCGGUGGAGACGCCUUCGCGGCGGAAGCCGCGGGCGACGGCCUCGAGCAAGAGCAAGAAGCCGGCGAGGAGCGAGCGGGCCAAGAGCAAGGGCGUGGUGGUGGCGUGGACCGAUUCGGACGACGAGGUCUCCGACGUUGACGACGGCGUCUCGCUCCCGCCGGCCAAGUCGCGCAAGAUUGAGAUCUCGUCGACGCCGAGCCGGCGGCCCAGGCGCUUGUCCAAGAGCCAGGCCAUUGCCGCGCUCACGCCGCCGAACAAGGGCCGCGUGUCCAAGGCUUCGAUCUCGGCCCGCAAGCGCCGACGCUGGACCGACGACGAGAUCAAGUGGCUCAUCGAGGGCGUGGCCCAGUUUGGCCACGGCAACUGGGCCGCCAUCCUCGCCGCCUUUCCCUUUACUGGCCGCACCAAUGUCAACCUCAAGGACAAGUGGCGGACGCUCGAGAAGCAGCGGAACCUGUAGACCACGCGAGAGUGAGUGUGUUUAAGUAAAACCCCAGAUUUGCG